AUGGUAGAUACGCUUGACCAGGAGAUGUUGGACGUGAAGUCGGCCGGUGACGGUGAGCUGCAGGUCGGGCCGGGGUUUCCAGCAAGUAGAUGUAGCCCAGCGAUUGGCAAGCUGGGAAUCUGUGAUGCUGCAGCAAAUCAGGAAGCACCAGUGAAGGACGGCGAAAUGGCGGAGGAUCAACCUCCAGCUGGACUGUCAUACACCAUCGACGAUCAAAGGUCGUCGUUCACUGAAUUCAUAAAGGAUCUACGUUUCAUCCUCGCUGAUCACCAAGACCAUGAGGAUAUCUGUGAUCACCACGUGGACCCAAAUAUCUCGAGUAGCCGAAAACACCCACUGCUCCCGAAGCCGCAUGCUGAACAACCGGUGAGGUGGAUUCGCAUCAAGCUGCAACUGCAAGUGGUGGAGGGCGAGGAAUCGUCAUCGGCAACCCUACUCAUGAGGGAUGACAACGUGGAUGUGAUCGGCUUCAUCAACCAGUCUGGAGUUUGUUACGAUUUUGCCGACCCAAAGAGAAGCGCCCGUCGGAUCCUCCCACAAGAAUACAAGCCAGUACUUCUAGGCUGGGGCAACAGCUACAAAAGCAUACUAGGCGUUAGAAAGGAGGAGGAAGUCAUGGAUAUGCUUACGUCCGCGAGGCUGGGCAAGAACUUCGCCACGCACGCUGUGCGCUUGCUGUCGCGCUACCUACAUGAGGUGGAUGGUAUCGAGAUGACACCCAUGCUGUUACUGGUGGGCCUGAAGUUCAUGGUCUUUGAGUCUGCAAAGAUGAAUCCUGUGCACAAUGCCAUUGCACGUGGCUGGGACACCGGGACAGGAUUCACCAAGCAAUUGAUGACAGAUUACGUGUGGAAAUAUGCAGAGAUGUCAAGGCGUCUGAGGCAUUGGAAGAGAGGACACUAUGCAGAACGGCGCCCCGACUCGGAGCUACGUUAUAUCUACCUCGUGCUCAACGGUAAUCCCUUUUCUUUGAAGUGUGCAUUCAAUCCUUUAAAGUAUGACCAUUUUCAAAAUAUUAUUGCAUUUUUUAUGAUAUGA